UACGGCAGGCAGACAAAGUGCACGGGGGGGGGGUCGGGGUGGGCAGGGAAAUGUCGCAGCCGGCUAUCACAGAGUUUAUCCUCAAGACCCUCUGCUCCAACCAGGGCGCGUUGGAUUAUAACACUGUUCUGGAGAGAGUUGUCAGUCGUUUCGGUACUUCAGGGGCGGACGUGAACCAGGUCCUGUACAACACUCAACACUUUGCUGUGGUGAAAGGCUUAGGAGAGGCAGGUACCAGUCGGACUCCGGGCUGUCUGGUCAUUGCGAUCACCUCAGUCAGAAUGUGCAAGAACUACCCGAAGAAGGACUGUGAGGGAUGCAGUAAACUGCACCUCUGCCGACGCUUUGUGUACGACGACUGCAGAGCAGCUAAAGCCAAGAAAAUCUGCACAAAUUCUCAUGACAUCCUGUCUGCCCACAAUGGUGCAAUCUUGAGUCGGAAUGGACUUCGCAAUCUGGACAUCAACGAAUUGCGUCAGCUUCUGUUGCAGAACGAUCCCACGCUGCUGCCCAAGGUCUGUGCUUUUUACAACAAGAGGAAUGGCCCCUUUGGCUCUUGUAGCUACAAACAAUCUUGCAAGAAGCUUCACAUCUGCCUUCAGUACAUUCUGGGUGCCUGUCCACUGGGAAGCCAAUGCUGGCGAUCCCACAGCUUCCUGGAAAGCCGGAGUUUGCUGGAGAAUUGCCGAUUGAACAUCGAACUGAUCUGUGAUCUGCCUUCCACUUAUCGUAACAUCUGUGAAAUCCAGAAAAGGGAAGCUGCUGCUGACAAAGUUAAGGCAGCUUCGCUCAGCCGCUCCAUCAGUGAGCCCAACACUAAUGUGGACAGCGAAGAGAUCUGCUUGUUCUUCCUAAGGAAGCACUGCUCCUUUAAAGAUCGAUGUAAACUGGUGCACUUCAGUCUUCCUUAUCGAUGGCAAGUUUAUGAGGCAGGGUGGAAAGAUCUCCCAGACAUGGAGCAGAUUGAAAAGGAUUACUGUAAUCCCCAGUUCUCAGGCAGAGCUGGACCCCCAGCCAUUAAUUUUAUGACCAUGACCAACAACUUGAACAAGGUGAGGCGUCUGUCCACUGUCUCGUCCGUCACCAAACCUCAGCACUACACCCUAACCACCGAGUGGCUUUGGUACUGGCAGGUUAACACUGGAGAAUGGAUUGAAUAUGGUAAACAGGCAAGUUCCAGUGCUGCUUCCUCAAUCACGUCGACUGACCUGGAGAACCUGUAUUUGGCGAACAGCAAGGAGAUAGCAGAAUUCCAGAUCGACAAGCAUUACUACACAGUGGACUUUGAAGCAAUGAUCCAGACGAACAUGCUUCUGGGAACGUGCAGGGAAAUCCGGAGGAGACCUCGGUUUAUAUCGGAGCAGGAAAUGGAAAGGCAGAUGUACAGUAAUGACAAGAUCAAAGAUGGGCCAGCUCAAAGCACAGCCAUUCCAACGCAUUGGGAAAUGUCAGCUCAGCCAUCUCAUGGGUAUAAGCUGGUUCGAGUGCCCGAGUCUUCAGAGGAAUAUAAACAGGUGCAGACCCUCUUUCAGAGGACCAUGAGGAACGGCGUCAUCCAGAAAAUUGAGCGAGUCCAAAACCUGGCUCUUUGGGAAGUCUUUCAAUGGCAGAAGGAACAAAUGAAGAAAAAAAACGGUGGUAAAGCCGUGGAUGAGAGACAGCUUUUCUAUGGCUGGGAUUCCUCACCUAUCUCAACAGUUCUCAAGGAGAACUUUGACUGGAGGACGUGUGGGACACAUGGCGAAGGAUAUGGGAAAGGGAGUUACCUGGCCAGAGAUGCAUCCUACGCCGACAAUUACUUCUCCGCCGCCACAGCAGCCACGAAGACUAUGUUUCUGGCGAGGGUCCUGGUUGGCCAGUUUUUCAAAGGAAACGCAAAAUAUUGUCGGCCACCUUCAAAAGACGGCUCGUACACCAAUCUGUAUGACAGCUGCACUGACGAUGGCUGCAACCCAUCAGUCUUCGUCAUAUUUGAGAAGCACCAGAUCUAUCCAGAGUACGUCAUUGAAUACAGCAACAAAGUUGGCUUCUUUCAGUGGAUAAUGGGAGUCAUGUCAGGAAAGUCAGCGUCAGCCAAGUGACAGCAGCUUGUAUGUCCAUCCUCUGUGCUGCUGUUUACACAUUCAAUCUCCUUAAUUCAGUUCAUCAAUGCUUUACGGUUAACCAUUAAUCACUCCAAAUGGGCAUUCAAUCAGUCUGGACAAUCAAAAUGAUCAUUUUCUUGUUGGUGGCUAUACAAUAAGCAAUCAAAUAAUUUACAAUAACUAGACUUACAACCUCCUCAAUGUUGCUUUUCUACUCAUGUUGACAGUGUGCUGAAAUUUUAUAAAUCAUUGGUUACUGUAUAAAACAAUGGCUAUGAAAGAGUUAAUGUUCAUGCUGCAAAAAUCCACCCAAUCUGGUAAUGUCACAGUCUUUUGGUAUAGACAGUUGAGUUCUGCAUGGCUAGUUGAAGGGAGCUGAUGCGUUCAGUACAGCUCCUGAGAGUCUUUUAUAGUGUUUAUGCCUGACUAGUAAUGUAAUUAACACUGAUUGA